CAGUAGGCGGUAGCGAAUCGCAAGAUCGCCACUUUCACACAUCAAUUGAUGACAAUUUAAUUUUCCGGUUUAGAUAGAAUUUAUACUUUUUUGUAGUAGUGUUGUGCUUGUAAAUAAUCCCAAUUGUAGUUUCUACCUGACCCGUGUCUUUUUAUUCAUCAACUCGAAGCACUUCAAACAACGAAAACAGCACAGCAGUGCUGUUCAAAAAUCUUCUGUAAAGAGUUUACGUGAAUGUACUUUUGUACGAUUUGAGACGUUUAGUGAAAGUUUUGAGGAAAAAUGUUGAUUCGGUGGAAAAAUAAAGACAAAGAUAAAGACAAAUGUGAAAAGACAUCCAAUCAGAAGCAGAAUUCAUCAGGAACAUCAAAGAAAAAGAGAAAAUUUGGGAGAGAUGGUGAAGAAGAAUGGAAUUCUGAUGGAAAGUCAGGAAGAAUAUUGUCUGGAAGUGAUGGUGGUCGUAGCGAUAAUGAAAGUGGAGAGGUGAGAGGACGAAGUAGGAAUACAAGAAGGGACGAUCCUCGAAGGCAUACCUUGGGAGGUGAUCAGCAAUAUUUGGCGAUGUCUGGCCAAGGCGGGCCUUUAUCAAGGACGAUGGAUCUUGAGAUGAGUUCAACAAGGGCUAGAAAGGGACAGCCGAGAGGAUAUCCACCUCCUACGAAUUCCAUGCUGUUCGACGAUGAUCCUGGGAUCAUGUCAGAAGUAGAAACUAGUUCGACUGGUUUUCGUAGAGGCGGGAAACAAAGGAGCUCGCUUCCAGUUGUUAGAACCCCAAGUAAAACUUUAGAAAGACCACUAGGUUUAGUAUUCCUCCAAUAUCGAAACGAAACCAAAAGAGCUCUGUUACCGAACGAAAUAACAUCAAUUGAUACGGUCAAAGCGUUAUUUGUCAGAUCUUUUCCGAAACAGCUCACUAUGGAAUAUUUGGAUUCACCGAAUGUCAAAAUAUACAUCCACGAUUCUUCCAAAGAUAUGUUCUACGAACUAGAAGACCUUAGAUCACACCUUCGCGAAAUUCGAGAUAGAUCGGUAUUACGACUAUUUGAGUCUGCUGAUGUUACCGGCGGACUUCCGAUGGCUGGAAUUGGAAUCGCCGGUGGAGUUGGACAUUUUGAGGAUCCCAGUUAUUUUUCAGAACCAGAGUUCGACUCGGAAUACCAGCAUCAACACAUCCAUAAAAGCAAGGGCAGUGCAGGUAAAGCACCAUAUUAUAUGGGAUCAACAGCAAGUCUUCAACGAGGUGCUACAUUUCUUAGAACAUAUUCUCCAGCUGUAGCAAGUUUAUCAGCUGAUAGGAUGAAACCUCUUCCGACUGGUGCGCCCCCCAAGCCACAACGAGCUUACAGAAAUGGGGCGACGCCUCCAGGGUCUAAUGAUGGCCCUCCAGAUCGAUUCGCUCCAUUCCAAAGGCCCGUCAACCCCAUAUAUAAUAUACCAGAUGGAUACAUGUCUUCCCCUGAGAGAAGUUCGCGAUAUGAAGACCCAUAUUAUAGCCAAUACGGAACAAGAUCAGGAUCGAUUACUCCGGUUAUUGAUGAAGAAAUUAGUGAUACGGAAUUGCUGGAUGAAUCAUACUCUUUAUAUGGGGUUAAAAUUCCUGGAAGCGGAUCAAGAAUAUCCAACAGAUCACCUUUUCCAGCGCCAGCCUCAGUCCCUCCUUAUGACGCAACACGAUUACGAGUGGAAAAUAUGGAACGCCAACUAGCAAACCUCACAGGAUUAGUCCAAAAGGCACUAACUCAACCCAACACUUCGCAUCUACAAGUACCAGGCAGAGAAGGAUACAGAGGAGAUGAGUUCGAUAAGAACUCCAGUUCCAGUUCAACAUCAUUACCAGAUGACUCUUACAUCAGGUCUGAUAGUAAAGCCCCUAAAUUGGGUAAAAGUGGUUGUCAUAAAUCGGUGUCAUUUGAGAAAUCUGUUUCGUUCAGUGAUGAGCCCCCAGAUAUGAAUUCACCGAAACAACAUAGUCCGCAGCAUUCAGCGGAUACUAAACCAGCAAAACCUGCUAUAAAAUCAUCAACUUUACCAAGGACUUCAUCACAGGAACGAGAUCGUCUUAAACCAGCUCCACCAGGUAAAUCGACAUCGUUAUCUCCAAGUUAUGAUAGCAGGAUUUAUAGAGACUUACAACUAACACCAGAGAUGUACAAUCAACUUAGAGGGCUACAGAAAAAAGCUAAGGAUUUGAGAGCCGAGGUCCGAAAUUUGAGAAGGAUGUCUCAAGCUCAAGCACAUUCAGUAAAAGAAACAAUACGAGAUACUUUCAUCAAAAUUCGAGCUAUGCUUAUGGCUGGUGGAGAACAGGUUUGGCAAGCAGGCAUGGAUCAAGAACGAGUUAGAUUAACUCGAGAGGAGGAUCUUUAUAAACAAGAAAUGCUAAGAUUAGAAACAGAUUUGGGUGAUCUUGAAUCUACAGUGGAAGAGCUCAGAGGAAACGUAAUAAAUAGAAAAACAAGAGUGAAUAUGUCAGAUGUGGAAAAUAUGGCCUUAAUAUUAAGUAAAAGCUCCAAAACAGUUGCUGAUCUCAAAUUAAGGUUUCCUGGUUUACAAGAUAGCAUGAAAGCUUUCUUAACGACGGAAAUGGAAAAAGUUAUGAGAGAGGAGACAUUUUUAAAAGAAGAACCCGAACGUUUAGAGAGCGCUCUUCGAAGAUGCAAGAAGCUAACGGGUACUCUUGUUACACUCAAAAGGUUAGCUAGUGUACAAGAACAAAGGCUUCCUGCUUCUAAUUCAAACGACGGUCGUCUUUCUCCUACCCCUACCGAAACACCACCAAUAACUCCUUCGUCAACGCACAGCAAGUACGACUGGAAGUGGAGUUCCAACUUCAAAGAGGCUAUAACCACUCACGACCCCCUACCGCACCACGUUUGGGGCAGAUCCUCGUCGGGGGAGACAGCAGUGCCUCCGACAGUAGCCAACGUCCGGAGAACGCACUCGACGCUCUGUUAGAUGAGCUUCAAACAUUCUCCAAACCACAUCCCAUUGCUCAAAACCAAGAUACCAAUGCUUCUGAACCCCCCGCUAUUCCCGUUAAAGGCGUAAGGCCACCACAAAUAUCAGAAAUUGGAAGAAAAGGUAGCAUGGAUUCAGCAAAUUUUCUUCCCGCUCAAAAUCUUUCCGUAAGCACCGCCACUGGAAGUCUUAGAAGAUUACACUCAUAUCCCAGUGGAUCAGAUACUGAUAACAGUCCUCCUAUUCAACCCCUUCAAAGAGAAAAUAAAACUGCCGCAAAGCCUCCUCUACCGGAACGUAAUCAAGAAUUGUUGCAACAAGUAGCCGGCAAGAGAGUACCUCCUCCUCCACCACCCAGAACUAGCUCGAAAUCACCUCUGGCUUCUCCUACAUCACCUAAUUUACCUCCUAAAUCACCUGCUGUAGGACUUCAACAUAUCCAGAAUGUACAAAAUAUGGUAGAGAAACCAUUGUCUCAGUUUGAACAAGCGACUCAAAAUUUAGGACUUCAAACUUUACGUAGGAAUAUUCCAAAUAGAUCAAGUAUUAAAGAUCCCUCAAAAUCUCAAACUCUGCCAAGAAACAUCGGCUCUAAUCUCAUACAAGUUCCUUCUGAUGCAGAUAUGGUUUCGGCAAGUAAUAGUAGUAGUUGCGAAAGUGUUAAUUCUCAAGAUGGCUCUAAAAAAACAAGAAAAGAAGAAUUGGAACAACGGCAUCAAGAAUUACUAAAAAAGCAGAAAGCGUUACAAGAACAAUACGCAAGGUUACAACAGCUACAAAGGGGAAAUAACACGCUAGCUGUAGUUCCACCAGCCCCAGAACAGUUGUUGAAGAAAACAGGUAGUGAAUCCAAUUUACUCCAGAAAAUGGGAUUACAGCUUACCACUUCACAAAUCACAGGAUCUCUAACCAAUUUACCAAAUACAACCAAAACGCUAUUGGUUAAUACCAAUUCUAAUCCAGUCAACAGUUUACCAAAUAACGUAGAAGAACAAAACAAUAAAAAUACGAUAAAUACACAUUCGAAUACCGUUUUCGAAACCGACAUACUGUGACCUACUGAUAUAAGAUUGCUCUGUGCAUGUUGAGAAUGUCACACAUUUAACCUCUCCCCAUAUCACGGAAUUACGGAUUGUUAUCUUUUUUUAUUGUUAAAUGUUAGGUGUUUCAAACUAAUUUAUUUAUUUUUUAAAUUAAUGAGUGUUGUUCAAAGAUCCUACUAACGUUGUCUCUUGUUUAAUAGUUGUUAACUUGCUUGAUAUUUUGCUCAAUAAAACUCACGGGUCAUUGUUACAUUCACCAGAUAAAAUGUACCGAAAAUAUUAAAUCUCAAUUCUAAUUAGAAAAAGCAGGCCCUGUAGGCCUAUAGCUUGGAAGUGAUUCUCUUCUUCUCUUUCAUAUUUUUGCUUUUGUUUUCCGGUGCUGAAUUUAUCUCUCUCUAUCUCUUAGGUAUUCUAAAACCUCUGCGUUCUAUCUUGUCCUUGGUCUUUUUCUUCUUGUUAUUCCUUAUUCUAGGUCAUUUUUUUGCUGCUCUGAAAUCUGGCAUUCUUUAUAUGUGACCCAGUCAAUUUGUUCUUUUGGAUCCUAUUAUUUUUCUAAGUUCUGUUCCUCCAAAUAAACUCUGUUUUCGUUAUUUGUUCUUCUCGGUCAUAAUUAUUUUCCCUUUCACCCCCUAGUACCCUCCUUUCCUUUCCCAUAUAUCUAGUCAGUUGUUCGCUAGUAUCGAAGAAACGAAUUUGGACGUUUUAAAAACCAUUAUGGAACGCUUUAAAAACCAUUGUGACCUGCGUAUUCCUCCUUCUAGCGCCAAAGUAGGGAGGGUAUUUUCUCAAAUGAAACUCAAAUAGACGAAGUUCAGGAAUCACUGCAACGUGUAUCUGAUGAUUUUUUGUCUAAUUUUAAACAAGAUAAAGGCUAGAUUAAUGCUGCACGUAGCAAAAAUAAUAUCAUUGGAAAAGUAGUGAUUGAUGGAAAAAGUAGUGAUUGAUGGAAACUGAAGGAAAUACUGCACGUCAUCCAGUUUUCUUCUCGUUCAGUUGUUAAUUUUUUGUAUUUAUAAAUUCUUGUGAAUAUCGUUCUGUGUGGAAUUGUAAAUAGCAUUCGAAAAUAAAAUUUAUGGUUUGCUUUUGUAACUCUUCUUUCGUCUCCACUUCUUUUUUGACAACCUUGAUUACAAGGCCCAACUUCUUCUUUAUAUCGCUCAAUAAUUAAAAAGAGACAACGUUAGAUGUCUACACAGAAAUAAUCUUAAUGUGGAAUAUUGACAAAUAAAAGUGAUUGUUAAUAAAAUUAGGAAAUGUACGGCACUUUCGCUACGAUCACACUAUUUAUUAUUACGAAAAGAUUGUCCUUAGCAAACAAAACUUUUUCCAAACAUGCAAAAUAAUAAGAUCAAAAGGUUUCAAAAAUUUCGAAAACAAUUGGGUUGCUUUGGAUUAAACUAAACGUAAUUUGUUGAUAAUAUGGAGAUCAUUAAGAACUAUUCAAUCCAUAAAUUGUACAAUGUACUUAUUUGAAUUUUUAUUUAUUUAUUAUUUGACAUGGCAAAGCUUGUAUGAUAUAUUUAUGUAUGAUUUAUAAGAACCCAGCAAAAUAUAUGUUCAUAAUACAACAAUAUUGGUCACAAAUACAUUUGUCUUCAUUGAAUUAUAUUUGUACGGCUCCGUAUCAUUAUUAUUAAGUGAACUACUAACACUUUUCUUGAUUGAAAAAUAAAAAUUUUACUCCUAAUUUUGUUUCAUUUAUUCAAUACUUAAAACUUCUAAAAUAGUUAUAUAAGUCUAGAAAUCCGCAUUUUUUACAAUAUGAAAGAUUUUUAGAUUUAUAGAUUCCUAUAGGAAAUACAUUCGCGCAGUAGUCUGUCUAUCAAACAAACACCUGGUAUAUUUAACACACAACAAAUCAUAUUGAAGUUUUUCUUUUAAACUAUACGUAGACUCUAAUUAUGUGCUUGAAAAAAAUUGAGAUUGAUUUAGAAAUUUUGGGUAAUGAUGUAAUGUUUCUAUACAGGGUGUUUCUAAAUGCAUGCGAUAAAAUUUAAGAGGUAAUUGCUCGUAUGAAAUUGAGAUGGGUCUUUCUUAUAACAAAAUUUCCUCAGCCACCCCUUUCACUCUUAAAAGAUGGUAACUAAAAUUAGCUUUUUAUAUUUAUUCUAAAAUUUUAGUAAUGCUAGAAAUUUUGUAAUUUUAGCAUACUUGCGAAAGACGAAGAUGGUAAUUUCGAGCAUUUAUUAUGAAUUUAUUGAAAAAAUUUGAUUUAGAAUAAUGUAAGGGCUUCUAAUUACACACCCCUACAAUGUAACAAAAUACUGAAAAAAUACCCGUAGUUAGUCCUUUGCAAAUACACGAAAAUUACAGAAAGUUCCCAGCAAUACUGAAAUUUUAGUAGAAAAAAAUAAAAACUAAAUUUUAGUCACCACCUUUCAAGGGUGAUAUCUCGGAAAGGAGUUAGCUGAGAACCCAUCUUAAUUUCAUAUGAGUAAUCACCACCUAAAUUUUGUCGUAUGACACCUAAUUAUUGGUUCGCCUUCUAUAAAUAAAUGAUAUAAUAUCAGUUUUUAUGUUUUAAUAUGGUAGUUCAUCGACAAACCAACGAACGUGCAAAAAAAUUUAUGAGAGAAUGAUUUUGGAAUCGAAAGGUUUGCUUACCGUUCGAAAAUUAACCACGGAUCUCACAUUCGUCUCUUCUACCUUGCUAAAUUAUUAGCACAAUAAUAAAUCUAAAUUUUAGAGCAGACAUAUUUCUCUACAACUACAGUCGUGAGCAAAAAAAUUAACCCAAGUCGCAAUCUCGCGGUCAACUAGCAAAAAAUCUGUAGCUUCCAUUCUAUUUCUGAUCAUAACAUCUGGAAGCCAUUAGUUUUAACUUUAUAAUAAGUGGUCUAUGUUGUUAUUAAUUUAUUUUCUGGGAAAGAAAAAAUACCAUACGAAAAGGAAUCUUAAAUAGAGAAAAAGGGCUAUAAUUAACAGUGAAGGAAAUACAAACUUGCAUUCGCCAAAAUAAUAAUCUAAAAGUUAACCUAUCAAUACCUGCUGUCCCCUUGCUUGAAUCUGAUAACAGCUUCCAAUCGCUUUUUCAUGGAUCGGAAAAGUUUCUCAACUCGGUCUUAUUCGAUGAUAUAUCAUUCUUCAGUAAACGCAGUUUUGAGAUCUUUCGUGGUUGGUGCAGGAUUUCUAGCCCAAACUUCUCCCAUUUUCAUUCCAUAAAUGUUCGAUAGGCCUGUACGGAACUAACUUGGCUUUCGCUUUCAUUGAAAUGCCCGCUAUCACUCUCUAGGAGCAUCCUCCAAAAGCCACGUUUUCUUUUAUGCAAUACCACUAACGUGUUCUCUAGAAAAUCGUAUACGAGCUUACUCGGUGAGCUGGGGUUAAUUUGGAGUCACUAUUUGGGUAUUUUCGCUCAAGGUUAGUUACCUUAAGUCUUCUUUUGAUUAUUCAACCACUCAUAGCCACUGCUCGCGUUUCUCUAAGCUCUUGUUGGAGUGGAACACUAUCUAGGAAGUUAUCUAGGAAGUUGAGAUAUAUUUCAGGGAGGUCUUCGUAUGCUGUUGUUAGUAACCGGAGGAGCGGAUAGUGAUGUUUCCUCUUGUGCUUUCAGGCGAGGGGUCGUCUAUCGGUGAACCAAGGGGUGAGAGGGGUUUCUUUGGCAGCGGUGUUGUUUGAUUAGAUAGUACGAAUCACAUUACUCCUGUUUCAUCUGACAAGGUUACAGAAGAAACGCACAGGUGCCAAACACUAACUACUAGCAGCUACUACUGUGAAAGUAUGAAGUGUAGAGAUAAGUAGAACCAGUACAUCAUAAAGUGUGCGCUAAAAGGGGACAAAUUAAUGUGGCGUUUUAGUAGCAAGUGGAAAGAUUUUGAAAAAAACACCAGAAAUUAUUAGAGUAGUCAAUUAAAUUCUCAUUCUAAAGUCAUAAUUGUUAUAACGAAUCUAUCAAUAUACAAAUCCAUUCGAAAAUUAUAACGUUUAUACCAACAUUUUGUUCAAUUUACUUAAUAUAAUGUUCGGACUCAGACAUGAUUGUUUAAUAGAAAUGCAAAGUUCAUAAAAAAAGCGUGUUAUUAUCAAAUCACUAUCCACGUUUUUUGUAGAAUCACCAAAUUAUUUUUGACCAAAAGGAUGGCACCAGAAGUACUUGGCCCAACGAACAAAACACAAAAUUUUUAGAAAAAAUAUUCAUUUUCCAACGUUAUAUCCUUUUGAUCCAUACACUUUUCCCAGUGAUAUUCAAUAAGUGCUAUACUCUUUUCAUCAUAAGAAUUGUCAAGCUCUUUAAUAUAGAUUUUAACUGGUUAUAUUUUGGGACCAGUAAAUGAACCGAGAGAGCUAAAUCUGGAAAAUAUAGUGCAUGAGGUAGCAAUUGAAACAUGAAUUUAUUGAUUUAGCUGGUGUAUUUUUUAAUGGAACCACACUCUCUUCUUAGGCAAACGCGACCUUUUUGCUUAAUUUCUUCGCUCAAACUCUGUCUGAUGGUCAAUGGAAAUUAUCCCAGGCGCAACCCAAACAACCACACUUUGUGAAACGCCUACUAUGUCAGCUAGCUCGCGCACUUUCAUUCGACGAUCAUCCAGUACCACUUUGUGCAUUUUCUUCAACAUUUCUGCAGUCGUCACCUUAUUUGGUCGGCCACUGUGAUGCUGGUCUAUGCAGAUCGUACGGCCUCGAUUAAACUCUGCAAUCCAAUAUUUUACUAUUAGUAACGAAGGAAUCUAGUUCAGUUUAUGUUGGUUGGGUUAAGGUCUUUCAAAUGAAAGUAUAGUACCAUAUAUGACCAAUUUUUCCAUGUUCACUGAAAAAGUUCACUAUUGAUAGCUGCCAAAGAAUUACCAAACAACGUGGCGUCUUUAAACUUGAAACAUAUGCUGUAUAGAUUGUAUACUUUCUAAUAGAGAGUUAUUUUUAAGGUCAAAUAAUUACUGCCAUCUCUAGGUCAGGCCAUGUACUUCUGGAACCAUCCUAUUUUAUUUAAACUUUGUAAUUCGGCAUAUAGCAACACAUAUAGAAAACUAUAUUUUAAAAGUACAAGUAUUUUUACCUGCUCACUUUUUGAGAAAUUGACUGUAGAAUAUUCAAAAUUGAAAAUUAUUUUUAUUGUUAAAAGAGGCAAAUACAUUCGUAGAAGUACUAGAAUUCUUUAGAAAGUGGUUAUUUUCAAGCAAAUACCGCCUUCUCUGGGUCAGGCCAGAUAAUUCUCGGACUAUCCUCGUACGUAAGUAGUUGAGAUUUUAUAUACUAAAAUUUUUCAACCUGGCACACUUCACUAUGUUUAUAACUGUUAAAUUCAUCUCAAUUCCACUAGCUACAGUAGCCCUAU